AUAAGAAUCAGACAAUAUAAAUAAAAUAUUAUAUACAACCUAGCAAAAAAUACUUCUUUUAUUAAUGAAUUAUAAAGAUCUUGUUAAAAAUAUGACAUUCUGAAAAUUUCACUUUGAUUUGUUCACUAAUAACAAUACAAGGGCUUUUUGAAUUUUGCCAUAUUUACCGAAUGACUCCAUAGAGUACUGUGUUAACUAAGUGAACUGUCUUGAGGUAAACCAAUUUGCAUCAAGGAUGUUGGUUAGUUUCAAUUGUGUUUAUAAAAAGUAUUAAUCAUAUGCUUUCUUAUUUAUUCACAAUUUACAUGGGUUUUCUGUUCUGUAAAAAUUGGGAGGCAUUUAAAGUAAGUAUGCAUCUAUAGUUUUAUUACCUCCCUUAAGUAGAACUCUUCAGUAAAGGAAAUUAAUUUUGGUGUAUUCAGUAAACAAAAUGGAAGCAGACAACACUUUUCAUACAGAUCAAAUUUGCAGUUUUACGCCUUUUUACAGCCAUGUGUGUGGACCUUCUAAAUUUUUUCCAUCAGAGUGCAAUCUUGUUCCAAUUUCUAAAUGUUUAAAAAACAUAUCAAGUCAUUUGAAUCAUUUUAACUUAAGUAACUCUCAUAUUCCUACUGAGGGGCAUUUGUUAUGUUUCCGAGUGGGCAUAUUUUCUUGCAAGUCCAUGGUACAUUGUACUAUAUGCCCAAAGCUGCGUGCACAGUUAGGAGUCAUGUGGCGACGGGGAAGCACGUGCGCGUACCCAAAUCACACCGGAAAGGCAAAACCAGAGAGGUCCAUCUCGCCUUCAACGUCAUAUUUUUUACUUGCCAACAAAGGUGUCCUCGUACCUGUUGGAUCAGGCAAGUAACAUCUUAAGUCAUAUUUUGAAAUGCUUGGAGAUACUAUGUAUAAUGUAAAAAUAUCGUUACAUUUAGAUCUAUAUCUUAAAUUAGUAAUACAAUUCAAAGGAAAGCCUUAGUAUACUCUAUUGAAUGUUAAUUUUGUACAUGUACAUUUCUUGCAUGUGGAAUUUCAUUGUAUAGUUAAUGAACUAUUGUACCAGAGAUAAACCAUCACCAGUUAAUUUGGUUUCUAUAAAAAACACUUUCAGUGUAUAAUUAUAUAUUGACUUGCAUGCAUGCAAUAAUUAAUUGAUUGUUUAAUUAUUAAUACUGUAAUUAGAUCGUUUUGUUCUUUUAUUAAACAUGACCUUGCAUCAUAUAACAGGUAUUUGUCGCAAGUGCAGAGGAGAUUUGUACGAGGCAAUGAAGGUCUCAAAUAUGCUAAAUAUUGAGUUUUUUUGCAAUGAUGAAACCUCAUUUCCAAAUUUCAAUGUGGAAGUAAAACCUGACGUCGACCCCUCAAAUCUGAUUCAUCGGCAAUCAAGUACAUGUAGUAUGAUAAUCGAGGCAAAAAACUCCAAAAAUCAGGUUUAUUCAAGGAUUGUUCAUGAUGAGAGACAUGCAGAAGAAAAUGUACCAGCAGACUUGCAGGAAUAUUCAGAAGAAGAAUCUGUACUGAGUUCUCAGCCUCUGUCCCAAGUUUCCUCAUGGAGCGAAGAAAAUUUGGAAACUUCGCUUAAUGAUAUAAACAAGCUAGGCCUUAAGUUCUAUAAGAAGGGGCAGUUUCAGUCUGCUGAAAUUUCAGGUUAGAAGGAAUUUAGAUAUCCUAAUGCCCAACACCAUUCGCACCUUAAAAAGGAAAGCAGAAGAAGCUACAAAUCUAAUCCUAGAAGGUAUAGCUCCUGGUCAGGGGAAAAAACCUUUCAGUUAAUCCAGGAACCUUCAGAUCUCAAAACAACUUCUUGUGAUCUAGAAAGAGCUGUGGUCAAUCUGUACAUGGAGAGCAGAGAUAAAGACAUUAAGAAACAGCUUCUGUCUUUGAUUUCAUUGUCUCACACUAAGAAGGAACUACAACAGCUCAUCCCUCAACUCUCAGUUUAUGCCAUAAAUGAAGCUCUCAAACAUGCUUUAGAUCAAAAAGAUGGUACUGAGGUUCCAAAUCAGAAACCAGUGUUUCACAGAAAAAUGGACAUUAUAAAAUUAGACCAUGCACUGGAUUUCAUCUUAAUCCAGCAUUUUAUCAGGUAUUUAUUUGGAUUUUAAUUUGUAGUGCAGUAUUAGCUGUUUGCACUGUAUCCUAGAGUGACCUUAAUUAGUUGCUGGUGGUCCCCA